AGUUAUUCGGUGAGGAUUCUGCUACGGAGGAAACGUCUUCCGGCGAGAUGGUGGGAACUGGUGAUGGUGGUGAUGGUGGUGAUGGUGGUGAUGGUGGUGGUGACGGCGGUAUCGGCAAUGGUAGAAGUAUCAGCACGUACCGCCCCACUGAACCCAUUCUGAAUCGGAGGCCAAUACAAACCCCACGCCGCAAUCCUGUUUUGGAUUUUAGCCUGAGUCGGAGUGUAAACCGAUCAGUAUCACGAACACAACCACAAUCCCAAGCUCAUCCUUCUUCUACGCCCAACAAUACUACCUCUACCUCCAGCUCGACCUUCCAACUCCCUCCUGUACCCGAUAUCGCUUUGCCCGAACCUCACGAGCUCCGAGAAUCACACCGGGCUGCCAUGGAACGACAACAACAGAGGGCUUAUAGAGUUCUUUUGGAAAGGGCUCGGGCUGGAACGGGUGGCGAAGCUGAGGGCGGGAGUGAGAAUGCAGGUUCGGCUGGAAAUGCCGCUGCGACAGGUGUUACCGCAGAGGCUGGCGUCGAGCCAGGGGAUGCUAUGGGAGUAGAUGGUGGUUGGGAACUGGGGAGAUUGUUAAGUAGCGGGGAGGUCUUUAGGGAGUUCCAGCGCCUGGGGCCGGUAGCUCUGGUCGAGGACGAUGGACGGGCGAUCGGGCAUAAUGGGGAAGUGCUGGAUAUGCAUUUCGGCGGAGACGAAGACGAGGACGAACACGAUGAUGAUGACGAGGACGAGGAAGAGGUGGAUGAAGACGAAGAAGACGAGGAAGAGGACGAGGAUCACGAGGAGGACGAAGAGAUGGCACACGAUCACGAUCAUGAUCACGACGAAAGGGAAGACGCUCUGGGGUCUACCUCUGCGCCUUAUACGGUGCAAGGCGUAUUGCGCUCCUGGGGCCUGCCAUACUCUGAUUCGGAAGACCUGGCGAGGGGCAGGGCGAUGAUGAACACGAUAGGCCAGAACGGGCUGACCAUCUUCCAGCCGACCAUUGUCGGAGGGAACCCUGGGAUGCACGUCGUCCGCCCUACCUUUAUUCCAUCCGACCAACCGGCCGGACCCGAUUCGACGCCGACUCAGGUCGAGGAAGUGGACGCAGGCCGCCCUUUACACCGUUCGAAAUCCGUCAAACGGCGUAAACUCGAUCCUUCUUCCAAGAACGCUUACACUUGGAUCCCAUCGAGCAUGACGCACCCGAUCCCUCGGAUUCCCGUCUGGCAUCUCCCGGAAUAUAUGCGACUCUCCAACUUGCCCAUUCGGGCUUUCCCUACCUCGCUCAACCGGGCGGAUUGUGCAGCUCGACUGCUCCUCACCCCGAACCUAUCUACACCUCCGCCUAACGUACCCGUCGAGGACCCCUUGCUGGCGGUAUGUUAUGUCGGGACGGGCGAGCGUGGGGAUCCGGAUGCUAGCGCGGUCAGGGCUAAUCAUCCGAUCCCACCUACCUGUGGAGUCUACUACUACGAGGUCGAGAUCGGGAGUAAAGGUCGAGAUGGGUACAUCAGUAUCGGAUUUUGCAGCCGGUGGACCGACCUGAACAGGUUGGUAGGGUGGGAGAGGGAGAGUUGGGCCUGGCACAUGGACGACGGAUACAUCUUUGAAAGUCGUGGCGAAGGGAUCAACCGGGGUUGGCCGACGAGUACUACAGGCGAUAUCAUCGGCUGUGGUAUCGACUUUACGACGGGCAAGGCGUUCUUCACCAAGAACUCGAAGUUCAUUGGCGAGGCCUUUGGAGGGUUGCAGGAAAAGGGCAGGUUAUACCCCGCGGUCGGGUUGAGGACGCCAGGAGAGAAACUCUUGGUCAACUUCGAGGGACCGUUCAAGUACGACAUCGUCUCGCACGUUCAACGCACCCAAGAUCGAGUCCAAACCCAAGUCAGAUCGAGCCCGGUGUACAUGCAAAUCCCACGAACCGUCGAGCCGACCGGUACGGACGAAGACGUCGAGAUGCAAACGGCCACCACGACAGGUGGGACGUCUACGCCUGCGACCAUCCCAGCCACGGAAGACAAGCCAGCUUCCGCACCUCGUCUGACAGAACCAGCCUCGGGGUCGCUGGCGGAUGAGAUGCACGUCUGCGAGAACUGCGGAGGAAGUCCACCUCCCCGCCUGAAACUCAUCAGGGACAUCGACACGUCUCUCACUUCCUCCGUCCUCGAGUAUCUCAAAGGUGGGGGGUAUUUCGAGGCUGCGAGGGGGAUGGAGGGGGUCCUGCGGCGACGUCUUGCCAGCGAGAGUGACAUCGACAACAAUAAGGAUGACAGCAGCAAAAGGACGGCGGGAAGGGAUGUUGAUGAGGAUAUGGACAAGCUUGAGGGCGAGAACGCUGUGGAGGAUAAGCAAGUUGCAACCUCUGAGGUCUCUGAGGAAGAGACCUUGUUCUUACGGCUCAAAGCGUGCCGGGAAGCCUACGUCCGGGGGGAUAUGUACCAGGUGGUCUCUUUCCUCCUCAACACGAAUACAAACACGGACACCCACAACGUCGAGACGACUACCUCGUCAACGGAAGCACCUUCUUCUUCUUCUUCUCCUGCCAAGCUCCCGUUGGUAGACGCAGACUUUCUCCAAGGAUAUAAAGGUGGGAUCUGGGCGUUUAGGAUCAGGUUACAACAUUUCUAUUCGUUAUUCCGGGGAGACCUACCGGGGACGGAUUCGGCGCUUGACUCUCCAUCGUCUGAGGUAAUUGGGGAAUUCUUUUAUGGCCCCGAUCACAAUUCCAGUUCCAGCUCCUCGGAUCCGGACGGAAAGCUAAAACAGAAGAAGGAUCAGAAAGAAACUCAAACCCGCCUGACCUCCCUCCUCGCGGCCGGACAACACCUCCACGCUUGCCACUCUACCUCGACAGAAAAAGAGGUUGUUGAGGGGUUGGACGUCUUUGCUUUGAUGGCUUAUGAGAACGUGGACAGUGCGCCGGAGGGGUUGGUCAACAGGAUGGGAGAGGCGGGGAGGAAGAGGGAGGCGGGGGAGUUGUUCGGUGAUGUUCGAGUCUACCUAGGUCACCCGGGAGUGAGCAGGAUCGAACGGGCUUUUAGGCAGACGAAGCAUACGUUGCUCGAACUCGGGGUCCUGCAUGGAUCUGCCGAGGCGGCUUUUCUGGAGUUGCCCAAGUGAUGAUCAGUCGGAUCUAUCCGACGUAUCACUAGAAGCAAGGAGAGACAAAUGGACAUCGCCGAUGCGGUUUAGAUCGACAAGAAUAUCACAAAUGACGCGUCUGAGUCAUCCGCAUCGGCCUAGCUGAAAAUUCCUCCCCAUUUCGACCUUCUGCUCCCUGUAUCCAACAAUAUCCCACCUCAUCUCGCCUCAUACCUACUUAGCAUAUAGCAUAUUGUAUUGUACCGUGUGAAGCUGUCGAUCGUAUAUCCAUAUAUCCAUCCAGUUG